GAGGGCUCUGCUGCUCUUGUUUUCUUUUCUCACCAUUUAGGAGAGGGAAUAAAGCAUGUCCAAGGCAGGAGAGCGAACACCCUCUACGACUUCUGUCAGUUCAUCCGUAACAGAUGGCAAAGAUGGUGCCUCCAAUGAUUCCCCGUCAGGUUCAGUCUCCGAAACACCCAAGAAGUCAUCAAAGAAGUCUAAGAAAAACACAGAGAGCAUGAACAAAGUCUACAACUCUGUGCUUGACAGUGUCUUUGGGGCGGACAGAGAAUUAGCUCAGGCUGAGUUGGACGAGUUGCAAGAGGCCUUCAAAGAGUUCGACUAUGAUCAAGAUGGAUACCUGAACUACAAGGAUGUGGCUGAAUGCAUGAGGACUAUGGGAUACAUGCCCACAGAAAUGGAGCUGUUGGAGAUAGUACAACAAAUCAAGAUGAGAAUGGGCGGGUUAAUGGAUUUUGAGGACUUUGUUGAACUGAUGGGCCCCAGGAUGAUGGGAGAGACUGCUCACAUGCUGGGACUCAAAGAGCUCCAAUCGGCCUUUGUACAGUUUGACCUGGACGGAGACGGAAAGAUCAACCAGGAGGAGAUGAAGGAGGCAGUCAAGUCGCUGCUGGGGGAGAAGCUGAAGAAAGGAGAGCUGGAGGAGAUCUUGAAGGAGCUGGACAUUAACGCAGAUGGAAACAUUGACUUUGAAGAGUUUGUGAUGAUGCUCUCCAUUCGCUAGCUGCUGAAGCGACUGACAGCAAGGACAGGACACACUAACACUUCUGAAUCAUUCCACACAAAGUUAAUGCAACUAUCAUACCUUGGCAAUUUGGUAAAGUGUAAUGUAGAUAUAGACUUCGACUAUAUAACGUGUGCCUACCUCUGUAAUAACUGU